UGCUGGCAAGAGCAAGGUCUUGCUUGCUCGCUUCGCUCUCUUUGCAAAAAGAGGGGAGGCGUGCAUUUAAAGGAAAAGCCACAUCAAGGCUGGGGUUCAAGGGGAAAUUUUGGAGGGGAGCCAGGAGGGUGCCCCCACAUUUCCCUCCCUGGGGGGCCAUGUGGCCCACCUUGCAGGGCUGUCUGAGGAUUGCAAGAAGCAGCUCCAAAACCUCCAGGUUGUUUUGCAGGGGGCACAGCCAGGCUGUCGAGAGGGGCACCAUCUUUGCAUUGUCUUCAGGCCAUGGAAAGUGUGGCGUGGCGGUGAUUCGAACCAGUGGCCCAGCCAGCAGCUUUGCCUUGUUGCAACUGACGGGGGCAAAGGAACCUCUGCCUCCAAGAACAGCCACUUUGCGAAGGAUCCGCCAUCCCGAUUCGGCCGAAACGCUGGACCAUGGUCUCGUCCUGUGGUUCCCAGGUCCGGGCAGUUUCACGGGUGAAGAUGUGGCUGAGUACCACGUUCACGGCGGUCCAGCUGUGGUCAGCGGAGUCCUGAAUGCCUUGGGUUGCCUCCCUCACCUGCGUCUUGCCGAACCUGGAGAAUUCACAAAACGGGCCUUCCAAAACGGCAAACUGGACCUGACGGCGGCGGAGGGUUUGGGGGAUUUGAUCCACGCUGAGACUGAAGGCCAGCGGCGGCAAGCUUUGCGCCAGAUGGAGGGGGAACUGGCGACACUUUAUCAGCGCUGGAGCAACACUCUCACCAAGGUGUCUGCCCCAAGAAAACUUAAGGAUGGCUCUUUCACCCGGUUGCAGGCUCUGGCCCACAUUGAGGCGUACAUUGACUUCAGUGAAGACGACAACAUCGAAAGUGGGGUUCUUCUUCAAGUGGAAGAGGCAGUGGAGUUGUUGGCCAAAGAGUUGGCGGUACACUUGCAAGAUGGACGCCGCGGGGAGCGCCUGCGCGACGGGAUCCACGUUGUGAUUGCCGGGCCCACCAACGCUGGCAAGAGCAGCCUUCUCAACCAGCUAUGUGAGGAAGGGAACUCCCAGAGGGCCAGAAGCCGCAGCCAUUGUUUCACCUAUGGCAGGGACAACCCGGGAUGUGGUGGAUGGCCACAUUGA